CGCAAUACGCAUCACGCGCACUCACUCCCACACUCCCUUUUUCAAUCUACGUCUCCCCAUUUCUUUUCUUUCCCUCUUUUCUUCAACCUCACCACCCUAACUUCCCUUCUUCACUUAUCUUCACCGUAACCUUCCAUCUCAUCUUCAAAAUAACAAAGAUUCAGUAUUUCUAACUUUCAUUCGUAGAUUCACUCUUUUGACUCUUCGAUUUCGAGAUUCAGUCUUUGAUUUUUUUAUUUUUAGUGAAACUAAAUUUCAGAAACCCUUUCUGGGUUUUACUAUUUGAUUAAUUGGGUGUUCCAAUCACAUGGAAAGUUUGUAAUUUGUAGAAAAAAAGAUGAGUGCUGAAAGAUCUUUUGAAGCAUGGGAAGAAGUGCAGCGUCACGGUCAGGAUUUAGCUGACCGACUUGCCCAGGGUUUCACUGAUUUGAUCCAUACACACAUGAACCCUCCUCAAUUCGUUUGGCCAAAUCCUCCAAAAUCAAAGCUUUUCGAUCUGGAAUUUUCAACUCAGAGUUUUGGGAAGAGGGAUUUUGGGUUGCCUGUGGAUGAUUACGGUGUUUCGGCAAUUUUUGAUAUCGGUAAUCGGAUCGGUCAGGCUGGGAUGGAUUUUGGUGCUAGUUUGAAUGGAAUGGUUCAGCAGUUUUUCCGGUCGUUUCCGUUGCUGUUGCCGUUUAAACAGGAGGAAGAUUCGGUUAGGGUUGGUGGUGGGAGUGGCAAGGGUAGAAAGAGGAGUGGUUUAGUUGGUGUUGUUGUGAAUGAGGAUUUGGGUUUAGGGUCACUUACUGAGAGAUUGAAAAAUCAUGGCUUUUCUGAAAGUGUUAGUGGAUCUGUUGAUGAAGAGGUUGGUGGGUUUAAUCUUGGUUCUGCUGGUCAUUUGGGUAGGAGACAGGGAGUCAUAAAUGUUACAUCAACUUACGAUAGUAGAACUCAAGAAGUGGAAGGUUCUAUAGCUGCAAGGGGAGAUUUGUGGAGAGUAGAGGCAUCACGUGGUGGUUCUACAUCUGGAAAUGAAAACUCGUCUCUUUUCCUGGUCCAGCUUGGACCUCUUCUCUUUAUCCGUGAUUCGACUCUCCUUUUGCCUGUUCAUUUAUCAAAGCAACAUUUGCUAUGGUAUGGCUACGACAGAAAGAAUGGAAUGCAUUCUCUUUGUCCAGCAGUGUGGUCGAAACACAGAAGGUGGCUGUUGAUGUCCAUGAUUUGCUUGAAUCCCGUAGCUUGUUCAUUUGUGGAUCUUCAAUUUCCUAAUGGGCAACUAACCUACGUAUCUGGCGAGGGCUUAAGUACCAGUGCUUUCCUUCCUCUUUUCGGAGGUCUUCUUCAAGCUCAAGGUCAAUAUCCCGGCGAAAUGAGAUUCAGCUAUUCAUGCAAGAACAAGUGGGGAAUGAGAAUCACACCAAUGAUACAAUGGCCCGAUAAAUCAGUUUCCUUUGGUCUUUCUCAAGCCUUGGCCUGGAAGAGAUCUGGUCUCAUCGUGAGGCCAACCGUUCAAUGCAGUGUGUGCCCUACAUUUGGUGGAAACAAUCCAGGGUUGCGGGCUGAACUCAUUCAUUCGGUCAAAGAACAACUUAGUCUAAUUUGUGGAUGUGCUUUGACAACAUAUCCUUCUGCAUUCGCUUCAGUAUCUAUUGGUAGAUCAAAAUGGAAUGGAAAUGUCGGGAACUCAGGUCUUGUUCUACGAGUUGAUACUCCUCUAUGCGGUGUCGGGCAUCCUUCUUUCUCCGUUCAGAUAAACAGUGGCAUUGAAUUUUGAUGUUAGACUUCAAAUAUGUAUGGCACCAUCUUUUCUAUAUUUUGAACGAGAAGUGUACAUAGGUUUUGGUUCCAUCCAUAACAUACUACUAACAUCAAAGCUUGCAAUGGUUAUGUGAAUAGAAAGUCUAGUCAAAUUGGCACAUAUUUUUGUCAUUUUCUAUUAAAAUCAUAUUUUGGAGUAGUGUACUUAUGAUUGAAUUUCAUUAUUAUUUUUGCAUGCUUAAACA